UGGCGGCUUCCAUCGUUUGGAAAUGUUUCUCAGUUUUCUUUAGUUUAAUAGUUUUAACUGCACCAUUUGCUAGAAUUAUGUGUCAAGAAUUGGCUUCUAGUAAUAUACAAAAAGAAAAAACUGAAACUGAAGAAACCAAGAUAUUAUACACACAGUCCGAUCAGCCAAUAGCCAUACAGAAUACAGAACCUGGAGUUAGUGGAGAGACUAUUGCUGACCAAUCCAAAACAUCAACUGAAAAUGCUCUUGAUGCACCAACUAUCACUGAGCAUGUGGAAAAAAAGAUUGACAACAAAGACAACAAGUUUUUUUCUCUAACAAAUUUCGUGAAAAGCUUCUUGAAUCCGUUUAUUCACGAAUUCCAAGAAGACGUUCAGGCUGAAAAAGACAAAAAUGAAACGAGUGAUUCUCAACACACGCCAAAUAUCUUAUCAUUGGUGUUGCCGGGGAAUACCACUGCCGAAAAUACUUCUAACAACAAUGAUUCCAAGAAUGGAACGGAUGGCAAUAAAAAAUUUAAAUUUCAGUGUUUAGGCAAAAAUUUGACUGCCAAUGCUACUAGCCGACCACCUGUUGUUGAGAUUGUGAACGGCACCGUGCUGAUCGAGAUGCUAACUUUUAAUAAGAACUACACAGUUUCAGAUUGCGUCUUAGUUUUAUUUUAUGCCCCGUGGUGUCAUUUUUGUGCAAAAACUGCUCCUCACUAUAAUGCAAUGGCUCGAGCAUUUCCCCAGCUUGAGGUGCUUGCCGUGGAUGUUGCACAGUUUAGCAACUUGAAUGCAAGAUUUGGAACAGUUGCAGUACCAAAUAUCAUGUUGUUUCACAUUUCUAAAUCAGCCGUUAGAUUCAACCAUACAGAACGCAACUUCAACACUUUUAUACAGUUUAUGAAGAAUGUCACAGGUUUGGAUGCUAACAGCACAGUGAAUGUCACGGAGAGCGACUACCUCGGCCCCGUGCCAAGCGUGCCCACAACGGACACCGACUACCUGCUGUGGCUUGCCUGGAUCUUUGUCAUCGGCUGCAGCGGCUGGAUGUUUGUACACAGCCACUACGGGCAACAGUCUAUCAACAGGGUCCGAGUCUUGUGGCAGGAACACCAGCAUAUAGAGUGAUGCUUGUUUAAUGCAGUACGAGGUGACACUGGAUUAAUGCCACAUAGAGUGAUGGUAGUGUACAAUAAAGAGUGACUCCAUUGUCAUAUAUCACAAUAUGACCACUGGUUAAUAGUAAGGUUAGGUCUGGGUGUGCAGAAAAUGUUGAAAAUAUCUUUUAAACAUGACAAAUUGCCGGAAAAACACUAUUAUUUUACAACAAAAUAUCAAUCAUUACAUGAAAUUAUUUGGUAAAAUUAAAUAAAAUUUGCUCAAAAUUUGCACAGUGAUAUGGGUUCAAUGGCACAGAAAGUGACAUGGGGCGUAAUGUUAACUAAAGUGACACUUGUUAACACUGUAUGGUGUGAAAUCAUAGAAAGUGACACUGGUUUAACACCAUAUAUCGUGAUCAUGUUUUGACACCAUAUACAGCAUAGAGUGACUCAUGUUUUAACUCCUUAUUGAAUGAAACUGGUUUGGUUUAAACACUGUGUUUUUACUCUCACGUACGGUUUUAGGUUCGGCCAACAGGCAUAAGCUGAUAUUAAGGCAUGCCACUGGUUUUAACUGCUAACAUGGGUUUAAUGCCAUAUUUAGUGACACUGCUUUAACACCAUAUAGAGUGACACAGGCAUUGCCCUUUAAAGUGGUUGUGGUUUAACACUAUAUGCACUGUAGAGUGUCACAGGUAUAAUUCCAUAUAGUAACACACCUUUAACUCCAUAUAAAGUGACACCGGUUUAACACCAUAUAGAGUAACACAGUUUUAACUCCAUAUAAUGUGACAGGUUUAACAUCAUAUAAAGUGACUGGUUUAACUCCAUAUAAAGUGACACUGGGUUAAUACCAUAGAGCAAUGUUGGCUUUGGCUGUUGGAAUUUCACCAAUGUGGAAUAACAUCGAGUACGUUUAACAGUUCAAAAGUAAUGGGGGUUUUUCUUUCUUUUAUUAACAAACCAACAUAUUGUCAACUGGUAGCUGUUUGAUACAUUUCUGUUUGGUAGUCACCACUCAUGUCAUGAUCUAGGUGGGAGAUGGACUCGACAUAUCGUAUGUGACAUUCUGGCUCUGGAUCAAAUUUUAUGAAAGAAUUUUCCUGCAUUGCCUUGGCACUGCAUUCCGUACCCACCCAUCUAUUCAUCUGGUCCAGAGGCAGGUUUAUACAGGUCAUGGAAAUCAGGUCAUGGAAUUUGACUUUGAGCUGCAUUCCAGACCAACCUGCCUAUCCUGUGGUUCAGGGGAAGGUUUAUACAGGUCAUGGAAAUCAGGUCAUGGAAUUUGACUUUGAUUUGCAUUCCACACCAACCUGCCUACCCUGUGGUUCAGGGGAAGGUUUAUACAGGUCAUGGAAUUUGUAAAUGUCAUUUUCCAGGUGUGUGGAAGUUGUGGAAUUUUCAAUCACGCUAUGAAAAGUUAUGGAAAAUUUAAUAAAAAUGCUUCUUUUUUUUUUCAUUUAAAAUGUCACAAUGAGAGAUCAAUAACUUGUGUGGGAAUAUUGUAAUAUUAUUAGAUUAUGUUGAUGAUCACAGAAAAAAUCCAUGAAAGUACUAUUAAAGAUGGUGGAAAAUGCUUUUAAAAAGUUACGGAAAGUUGUAUUAAUUCUGAGGAGUGCUUUGCCCACUCCCGAUCUUGAUUGUUAAAAAAGGCAAAAAGUCUUGUCUUAUUAAACUAAAACUAUUAGUCUAAAUGCAGUUUGUACAGUAACUAGUUAUUCUUGAAAGGGAGAAUGAACAUAAUGUAUUAAAGUGCAAUAGAUUACUGCCAAACAUUACUUGUUGUGGGAAUGGUGAACAAUGUCAUACAUAUAAUUUUAAUAUGUAUGGUCUUGUCUUCAUGUUAAAAUCUCCAGAUAUAAUUUAAGCCUUACGUUAAUUUUGUAAGCAUAGGUUACACAUGUUUGAACUGUCUUGUGGUAAGAAUAGGAAUCCCGCAAUAUAUUACACGUGUUGGAAGGCACCAUGAUAUUUUAUUUGUCACUUGUGGUGUGUCUUCCACAUCAGUUCCCUGUAUGUGCUGUGUAGAUGUCUGUCUGGUGUCAUUUUAGAUUGGUCAAAUCAGUCUUGGACAUGGCAGUCUUCCUACAGACGACUUAGGAGUAGUGUUAUGAUGAGUGGUAGUUCUCCUGCAGAAAAAGCGUCUGAUGGCAAUUCCUGGAAACAUUUAGUGAUUUACAGCUUUGCCAAUGCCCUUUCAACUCUGCCUUGUGCGGAAAUAUGAUUUUGAUCAUAAUAACAGCUUUGUCAUUCAAAUUACAUAAACAUUUAUAUUUUGAGGACCCUGGUGGGUUUGUAAAAGAUACUUCCCAUGUGACCAGUUCUGGAAUAACCAUGAUAAAAUAACAGAUUCUUUCGGAUUCCAGGUUCUUUCAGUCGUACACUGAACAUAGCCAUGAUAAAAUAACAGAUUCUAUCGGAUUCCAGGUUCUUUCAGUCAUACACUCAACAUAGCCAUGAUAAAAUAACAGAUUCUAUCGGAUUCCAGGUUCUUUCAGUCGUACUCUCAACAUAGCCAUGAUAAAAUAACAGAUUCUAUCGGAUUCUAGGUUCUUUCAGUCGUACACUCAACAUAGCCAUGAUAAAAUAACUGAUUCUAUCGAAUUCCAGGUUCUAUCAGUCGUACACUCAACAUAGCCAUGAUAAAAUAACAGAUUCUAUCUGAUUCCAGGUUCUAUCAGUCAUACACUCAACAUAGCCAUGAUAAAAUAACAGAUUCAAUCUGAUUCCAGGUUCUUUCAGUCGUAUACAUGUACUCAACAAAAUUAAUUAAAGGCCAGUAGAUAUUUUUAGUAUUUAUCUUCCAAUAUGGUAAGAAGUAAAUACACAUUUUUCUGUUAUAAUGUGUCGAAAUUGUGCCAUGAUUUUAAAUGUAAUGAUUUAUACAACAAUUUAGAGUAAACAAAAAACAAAUGUCCUUAUGUACCAAUGUGUAAGACCUCCCAGCCGAUUUAGCAUUUAAAGUUUGUUAAAGUUUGUUUUGUUUAACAACACCACUAGAGCACAUUGAUGUAUUGAUCAUCAGCUAUUUGAUGUCAAACAUUAGGUAAUUUUGACAUAUAGCCUUAGAGAUAAAAC